CCGGGACGUGCAUCGAGCACACCCAGCCUCGGACCUCGUGUUUUCAUGCCUUCUGCCACCACGUGGCCCUCAUUGCACCCGGUUUUACUUCCUGUAUGAACGCUUUCGCGCCAAAUAUCGAUCGAAUGAGACCUAUAUCGAGAUUCUAACGAGGAUAUGAAGGACGACGGUGGUGUUUUUCGCGCUGUGAAUUAGGGGGUGACGAAGAUGAUCGACGGGUGAUAGCUGAACAAGAACUAUUACUGCUGGCACUUUACUGCUGGCCUGGGAUUGUUUCGGCCCUCACGGUGAAGAUGAGAAUGGAGCUUCAGAUCUCGGUGUGCCUGACGGCUCUGGUGCUGACGAUAGCCGCGGAGGAGAAGCCUACGAACACCGUCUCGGUGUCCUCCGGCUCCUCGAUCCAGAGCAACACGAUCCAGAAGCUGAUCAAGAUCCUGGAGAAGUACGGUCUCGAGGAGCAACGGGGCCUGAAGAGGGUCUACCUGAGCAACAGGUCGAUCACGUGCAACGACGGAUCGCAAGCAGGGUUUUACCUACGGAAGUCGCACGGAUCGAAGAGAUGGAUCAUUUUCCUGGAAGGUGGCUGGUACUGCUACGACCACAAGAGCUGCAGGAACAGGUGGCUCAGGUUGAGGCAUCUGAUGACAUCGACUCAGUGGCCUGAGACACGCGACGUUGGCGGCCUUUUGUCGGCAAAUCCGGAAGAGAAUCCAUUCUGGUGGAACGCGAAUCACGUGUUUGUUCCUUAUUGCACGAGCGACAGUUGGAGCGGUACCAGAACUUCACCGGGUGACAUGUUUUCGUUCAUGGGGUCGGAGAUCGUGAUGCAAGUAGUGCGGGAUCUCAUCCCUCUUGGACUCGAAAAUGCUAGUUCUCUUCUUUUAGCUGGCAGCAGCGCGGGCGGUACCGGCGUAAUGUUGAAUUUGGAUCACGUGCACAAUUUAGUUCACCAUGAAUUAGGUUUAAAACACAUUGCGAUAAGAGGUGUCUGCGACUCGGGGUGGUUUCUAGACAGAGCACCCUACUCUCCUAACGGUUUAUCGCCUGUCAACGCUGUUCGCAAGGGGAUGGAGUUCUGGAAGGCUCGGAUGCCUCAUAAUUGUAUAGUCAAGCAUCCCAACGAACCUUGGAGAUGCUUCUUCGGAUACAGGCUGUAUCCAACCUUAACUGCACCCCUAUUCGUAUUUCAAUGGCUGUUCGACGAGGCUCAGAUGUCAGCCGACAAUGUGGGUGCACCGGUGACGAAGCAGCAAUGGGAUUACAUACACAAGAUGGGUGACAGCCUGCGGCAAACCUUCGAAAACGUUUCCGCGGUCUUUGCCCCGAGUUGCAUUAGUCACAGCGUCCUCACCAAGAGAGAUUGGCAGUUGGUCAAAAUAGACGAGGUUUCUCUGGCGCAGGCGUUGCAUUGUUGGGAGCAAAUGCCCCUCGGGAUUCGUCGUAACGACACUCGUUCGUCAAUUGAGACGAACCAGCCGUGCACCAAGUCGCUCCGGAAGCUGCUACGUUCCGGGCUGACGAAGGGAAACGGAACUUCCUUCGAGCCAGGAAGAAGCGGGAAAAGUGAAUUCGCGAUGGAGUCCCAGAAGAUUGCGCCAAAGGUGAUUAGCAAUCCGAACAGCGGAAAAUCGUCCAUUUUCCCCGUGCAGGAUGGCGAAAACAGGAAAAGGAAGAGGCGAAAACACAAAGGUAGACGCAGGGAGAGAAACAAAGACGCGAGGAUGAAGAAGGAGAAACACGAACGUAGAAAGACUGCAGGUCGUCGUAAGGGCAACAAGCAGAACAACGACAGCAACCACACGGGCAUGUUCAACGGGACCAGACCUCAGCGCUCUGUGAUACCAUCUGGCAAACGGAAGUGCGUCCAGGGCUGCCACUUCCGGUUAAUCGAACGUUGCACUUGGCCGCAGUGUAAUCACAGCUGCCCGAAGCUGCACAAUCCGUUCACCGGCGAGGAGAUGGACUUCAUCGAGCUGUUGAAGAGCUUCGGCCUCGACAUGAAGAGCGUGGCGAACGCACUUGGCAUCGAUAUACAAACGUUGAACAGCAUGGAUCACGACGAACUGCUGAAUUUGCUUACUCAGCGUGCCAAUUAACUCGUAACAUUCGACAGCAAGCAUUCCUGACCGGAUGAUCGUUGUUGUUGUUGCUGUUGACGUCGCGCGACACGUGGGGAAAGAAUGAAACUUUGACGCGAAGCGUGCAUUCUUCUCCUCUGUUCGGUGACAUGCUUCUGGAUCGAGAAGCCUUCGAGGUUUUAGGGAAAUUGAGGAUAUAUGGAUGCUUGUGAACUCUUUCGAAAUUUGAAGAUUUGGGGAUUUGAGUUGGAAACUUGGGAGUUUAGGAGU